CGGCGGCCGUUCAGAAUGUCGAGGGCGCGAGGGGGCGGGGGAGCAGUCCCUCCCUCCGGCGGACGCGCAGCGGCAGCAGCUGCUGCUGCGGGAGGAGAGGAGGCGGCGCCUGUGUCGGCGCUGGAGGUUGUGUCCUUCCUAGGAAAACUCCUGUGCGCAGUCGCGGCACUGAAGGCGGCUCUCUACCUGCUUCGCAGAGUCUGUGUAGCGAUGGCCUGGAAGUCUGGAGGCGCGAGCCACUCGGAGCUCAUCCACAACCUCCGCAAAAAUGGAAUAAUCAAAUCGGAUAAAGUAUUUGAAGUAAUGAUUGCAACAGAUCGUAGCCAUUAUGCAAAAUGUAACCCGUAUAUGGAUUCUCCUCAGUCAAUAGGAUUUCAAGCUACAAUCAGUGCUCCACAUAUGCAUGCAUAUGCUCUAGAACUUCUAUAUGAACAAUUACACGAAGGAGCCAAAGCCCUUGAUGUAGGAUCUGGAAGUGGUAUUCUUACUUCAUGCUUUGCCCGGAUGGUUGGUCCCAGAGGACGAGUUGUAGGAAUUGAUCAUAUCAAAGAAUUAGUUGAUGACUCAAUAAAUAAUGUCAAAAAGGAUGAUCCUCUAUUGCUGUCUUCAGGAAGAGUGAAACUAAUUGUGGGGGAUGGAAGAUUGGGAUAUCCAGAAGAAGCUCCAUAUGAUGCUAUUCAUGUUGGAGCUGCUGCACCUGUUGUACCACAAGCACUUAUAGAUCAAUUAAAACCUGGUGGAAGGUUAAUAUUACCUGUUGGUCCUGCUGGAGGAAACCAGAUGCUGGAACAAUAUGAUAAGCUAGAAGAUGGCAGUGUCAAAAUGAAGCCUCUGAUGGGAGUGAUAUAUGUGCCUUUAACAGAUAAGGACAAGCAAUGGUCCAGGUGGAAGUGAUUUUCAGUUCAACUUUCUUCCUCCACGUACUUGCAUAUACAAGGGAUGAAAUGUAAAAGCUACAACAUCUGAUCCAAACAUAGUGUUAACAGUGGACUGCUCAUCUCCAAUUCUUAAAAGCUUUUUCCAAACCAACAGCAUUGUGGCUUGUUUUGGACCGUGUUACACUGUUAUCAGCAUGGAAAAGUGGUUUUUUUUUUUUUUAAUUUUGUAGAGAUUUAAUGCAAAUCUGAUAAUGAACUGAUGAAAAAAAAUUAAAUCGGGGCAAAUUGUUUCCUUUUAAUAUGCCCUUAUUUUCACCUGUUUAAGGAAGUGAUAUAUGUCUGCAGAUGUGCAGAUAUACCUGCAAUUUAUCUCCUUUUAUUUUUUGAUUCGGAAACUUUGAACAUUUCAGCUCUGGUGUUUGUUCAUCAAACUGCUUAUCUGCAUUUUCUUAUGCUAUCUGCACACUUAAGAUUUGUGUUCAGCUGACUCCUAGAUCCUACUAAAAUGAGAUGAAUUUCUUCAAAGCUGUCAACGUGGUAUUAUAGACUAGCAUGUAGCAUAUACAAUCAGCUGCUUUUCUUCCCAUUGAUGAAAUCAGACAUCAUGUAUAUACACUUGAAAGCAUCAACAAUGAUAACAUUUAUUUUAUGUUGCUGUUCAGGAUGGACAUAACUGACAUAGUUCCUCUCCUUUCCUUGUAGCAUAGCUAAGAGAUUCAUAGCUGAGUAUUAUUUCUAGCUGAUUCACAGACUUGAAGUACCUGAGUGUAAUACAACAAAUACUGUGUAAGUUAUGUCCUAAUCAUUGAACAGUUACGCAGUACUGCUUCGCCAAAUAAAAGCAAAAGCAAAAAGGUGUGGCAAAUAAUGUUUUCAAUAGAGAUGGUCCUGGGUAGUUGAGAGGUUGCUGAAAAUACUUCUACCAAUAGUUCACUUUUCCCAGUAUAGAAGUUCUCCAAGGUGCUCAUCUUGCAUUGGAAAAACAUGUUCAGUUAUCCUAUUACACUGAUCACUAAACCAGCUUCAGAGUUUCUGCAGUGUCCCAGAAGACACCUGCAAAUAUUACAAAGAAUGAAAAAAACCAAGCCCACCAACCUUUAACAGAUGCUACCGGGAUAGAAGUGUGUGCUCUAUAUUCAACUGUUAUUCCAUAUGAUAGUAAUGUCAAUUAUAUUGAUGAAUAAGCCUGUACAUUUCUAAAACAAUUUCUGAAGAGUUUUUUUUCUGUUUAGUUCGAGGAAAAAUGAAUAUAUACACUUACCAUACAACACAAGCCCAUUGAUUCUGAUUUUAAAAGCAAUUCAAGUUUACUCCAUCUUCAUAGGAGUAUGGUGCCAUUUGAAAAACAAAUAUGUUAAUUCACCAAAUAUUUCAAUUUAAAGUCUUAGUACCGUAUCACUGCUGUUGUAAUUGGGAAGCCAAUUUUAGUGUUUUGCCUUGGACAAAAUUAUUUAUUUAGGGGUUGAAUAGAAUAACUUUGAGAUGAACAAGGAUAACACGUCUGAGAGAUGCAAAUUCUGCUCUUUCCCUAACUAAAUAAAUAUUCUCCCUCAUUAUUUUCGUUAUCACCAAUUAGGAUUACAGAAACAAUAUUGUAUUUGAACACCCCAGUGACUUUUUAGAAAUAGUUUUGUACAUAUAAUUUAUCAGUUCAACAGUUGAUUUGCUCCCAUUUAACUGUUGUGAUUUAUGAAGCCAUUGAACAUUUAUAGUCAAAUAUAUAGGGUAGUGAAAAGUAACAUGAAAUAUUUUGGGAGUAGCAUCCAUUGUACAAAUUUUCUAGAACUAUUCCUGUAUAUAAUGCAUUAACCCUAAUUAAAUAAAUAUUUAAUAGUUAUAGAGGAGUCAACUUUAAAAUGUUACUUGAAUUGUUGAAAUUAUGACUGUAUGGCCUUUAUAAAACAUGAGGUAAUACAGAUUUGGGGAGGUGGAUAGGUUCAAGAAAAACACAGAUUUUAAAUUUUAAAGAAUUGUUCAUGUUGUUAAGCAGUUCUGAGAAGAAAUCUGCUGUGGCCAGUCAGAAAUACUCUGGAGGGGGAAAAAAAUACUCUGAGGGAAAUAGAGAACUAAUUGUUUUCCAGAUAAUAUGAAUCAUUGUGCAAAAUGUUGAGAUCUGGAGAUGAAUAUACUGGCAUUAUUGUGUCUAUAAGCACUGCUCAUCAUGUUUUGGUGUUUAAUCCUCAGCCUUCAAUUAGUGGCACGUGUAAAGCAUCAGAAAACAGAAGAGGAGGGACUCUCCAUUUCAUACAGUUCUACUAAGUUCUUUUGUGCUGUAUGUGAAAAUAGAAAAAAAUAUUUUUUAGGCAAACCAGUCUUCAUUAUAUAAGAUCUUUCUGCUUCAGGUCUACUUAAAUUGACUUAAAAAGAGUUCUUGUUUUAUCAGUGAUAUGCUGUGUGUAAUGGCUUCUUAUUUUUCUACUGUUCUGCAAAAAUUUUGAAGCAAAGUACAGCAUAAUUUGACCAAGUAUUGAAUGUAAGGAGAGCUGACAUGAGGAAAGACAGUGAAUCUUAAUACUGAAAUGGAGGACAUCUUUGAAAAAAGCAGAAACUGGGAUGAGAUAUUGAGCAAUGUACAACACAGCCUUACACUAUCUUGUGCAGGUAUCGGACAAUAAAAAUAGUAGAAGAGGAUUUUAUCUUAUAAUGGUAGCUUUUCCAUGUUAGGUUUUAACUAAAUAAAGAUAAGGAUAUGGGCAUGUCAGAAUACCUUUUGAUGAUUCUGACUCUCCAUUUUAUCCAAAUACCUGUACCUCCUCCAUUCGUGCUCCAGUCCACUGGAGGUGAAUUGGAAAGCUCACCUUUUUAUUACUUAAGGAAAGAUACUGCUUUUAGAGCUCAACAGCACUUUGUAUUUGAAGAGGAACAAGAUGCUUCAGAGCACAUAAAGGCAUUCAUGUAAUAUCUGUUGGCAACUCUUCAAAGCAGCUGUGACUUUUCCUGGAAUUGUGCAAUUGCCCUUCAUAACUGCAGUGCAAUCCUGGAAAAAGACACAUUUAGUUUAAAGUAUUGUCAGCAAGCGCUAUGUGCAGGCCUGUGCACACUUAAAAGAUGUUUUUUCCCUUUGAAUCUGAAAUACUUUACAACCCUAAUUACUUAGGGAGGAGCUGUCAUGUUUAAUGUUGGCUUUAACUAUCUCUGAGCCCAGAUGAAUCAGCUAGUUUUUCAAAAAUACAGAAGCAGUCUCCUUUUUAUUAAAUGCUGGAAAUUAAUUGAUAAAAGUUCUCAAGAAGUUGAAGCUAGAUAUCAUGCAAGGUAUUAUGACUAAAAUAGAUUUAUUUAUUACGUUUUUCAGCUCAGCAUCUGUAAUAUGUUCAUUAAAAUAAGACAUAUCAAAUA